AUGAGUGUGUUCAAGUCGCUCAACUGUAUCCUCUGCAAGGAACCGUUCGCUCAAUCCGCUGAUCAGCCCCGAACACCACGACUUUUGGGAUGUGGAUUGGUGAUGUGUCACGAAUGCUGCGAGAAGGAGAAGUCGUUGGCGAAAAGGGAGAGAAAACAUCGAUGCAAUAGCGUGUACUGUUUUGAAAACCCAAAGUUUGCACAUUUUUUGAUUGAUGUUUUGUCGCUAGACUCUUUGACCUUCUCGCAGUCGGGUCAUGGAUACCUUCUGCUGAAGCCAUUCAAAAUUCCCGAAUGUCUCAUUUGCCACGAUGAAUAUUCAAGCAACAUUGAAGCAAAGAAUUGUACUUCCGAGGUUGUGUGUGCUUUUACGAAACAUCGUUCACCUGAGGCCAUUUCACUCAUGGAAAAAAGGGCCUGUGAGUUGAACGUGGAACAGCAAAAGGAUUUAACCGAGGUCUGUGACAAAAAUAAAAGCUUCCUCGAAGGGCACAAAUGCGAUGGUGCCUUUUUUCAGAAGUUACUAGGAAACGAAAUGUGCUUCACGAAUGUUUUCAAUUUUGUUGAAUUUCGGAAAAAACACGAACUAUUGACUAAGUCGCUGGCGGCUGUGGAAGUUUUUAUGGAAAAUUAUCAAUCCCAUUUGCUCCAACUUUCUGUCGACAUUAUGGCGUUGAACGAAACUCUUGACAUGGAUCUGAAUAAU